UGUUGUCUUUUACUUUUUCUCUCUCCAGGAAUUUUCCCUCUCUAAACAGGCUCCGUUUCUCAGCUUCAAAACCCUAAAACAAAUUCUGAUCGAUUUCAGUUUUUUCUAAAACCUUAUAUUUUCCUCAAUUUUACCUUGUAAUUGAGUUCUUGACCUCCAUUUUAAUUUUAUAUAUUUUUUAAACUAUUCUGGGAAUUUUAUUUCAUUUCGUUUUAAAUAUUGUGUCGUAUUCUUGAAUUUUGAUUUGAAGAUUGAGGGAUAAUAAUUCUGUGCAGUAAUGGUGAGAAUGGGAAGGGUUUAUACGGAGACAGCCAAGCCCUCGUCUUCAACGGUGAUGCCGGUGUCGCCGUUGGUGACGACGUCAACGUCGCUCACAGAGACGGUGAAUGGCUCGCAUGAUUUUAAGAUCAGUGGCUAUUCUCUGUCAAAGGGUAUCGGUAUUGGGAAGUACGUAGCAUCUGAUACGUUUACUGUGGGCGGUUAUUCAUGGGCGAUCUAUUUCUAUCCUGAUGGGAAGAGCGUGGAGGACAAUGCAACAUACGUUUCGCUGUUUAUAGCGCUUGCGAGUGAGGGUACGGAUGUGAGGGCGCUUUUUGAGUUGACCCUUUUGGAUCAGAGUGGACAGGAGAGGCAUAAGGUGCACAGCCAUUUUGGAAGGGAGUUAGAGAGCGGGCCUUACACCCUAAAAUACCAAGGUAGCAUGUGGGGGUAUAAGCGGUUUUAUAAAAGAAAUGCUCUGGAAUUGUCGAACUACCUGAAAGAUGAUUGCCUUAAAGUUCAGUGCUGCGUUGGUGUUGUUAGGUCUCACACGGAGGGACCUAAAAUAUACUCCAUACCAGUACCCCCAUCGGACAUUGGUCAGCAAUUUGGGCAGCUGCUGGAAAGUGGAGAAGGAACUGACGUGAAUUUUGAAGUUAAUGGAGAAACUUAUUCUGCUCAUAAGUUGGUACUUGCAGCUCGUUCACCAGUAUUUAGGGCUCAAUUGUACGGUCCAAUGAAGGAUCAAAACACACAGUGUGUAAAGAUAGAAGACAUCGAGGCACCGGUUUUUAAGGCUCUACUUCAUUUUAUAUACUGGGAUUCACUGCCCGACAUGGUAGAGCUUACUGGUUGGAACUCGACAUGGGCUUCAACUUUGAUGUCCCAGCAUCUGCUUGCAGCUGCUGAUCGAUAUGGUUUAGAUAGGCUCAGGUUGCUCUGUGAAGAUAUUCUCUGUGAGGAGGUUGCUAUAAAUACUGUUGCAACAACACUAGCACUGGCUGAACAGCACCACUGUUUCCAGCUGAAAUCUGUCUGUCUAAAAUUUGUUGCGCUGCCUGAAAAUCUUAGAGCUGUUAUGCAGACAGAUGGUUUUGAAUACCUGAAAGAGAGCUGUCCUCAUGUCCUGACCGAAUUGUUAGAGUAUGUUGCAAGGAUCAACGAACAUUCUAUUGCUGUUUGCAAGCAAGGUAAUGAAGGUAUCCUCGAUGGAACUGAUACCAAUGGCCGUCGUGUGAAGCAAAGAGUAUAAGGAGUUGCUAUUACUUGUUUUGCUUUGAUGCCGAUAAAAUAGAAUAGCUUAAAGAUCCCUUCUUUAGGUUCGGUCGACAAUAUCUUUCCAGCUACUGCUGCUGCCUGUGACUUGGAUGUAAAAUUAAUGGUUUAGUCCUGUGUUUGUAAUUUUAUUGUUUUGCAUGGUUUUUAUAUUUAAGGAUAUGAAACAUGUAACCAGAUACUUUAAAGAAAUUUAUUUUUCGUCUACUUCA